UUGCACUGGUGAAUCAAACGUUCCUUUUCAGGUCCCCUAACUACUAGCCUUGAACUUUGGGGCAGGUCAUGCUAGUUGGCCGGAAGAAACCAUCCUGCUAAGGCCAGCUGCUGCAAGUUGGCAUGAAGCAAGACAUCCACGACCCACUUUUACGUGGACCAUUGCAUUUGAGCGCCAUAGCUGGUCAGGAAUCCGCCGAUGGUUGCCCUCGCCGUCGUCAUCGACAAAAAGUAGAGCUACGUGCAGCUGAAGAACUGUGAUUGCUUCAUCUUGAGGAGAACAUGACUCGGCUCUUGCUCGCCUUUCAUGCCGACGUCGACCAAUUGGAUGCCACCCGCCGUGCGCCCCUGCACCACGCAGCCGCCGCAGGUCACAUUGCCGUCGCGCGGGCUUUGGUGCAGAACCGUGCAACUUUGGAGCUUCAAGAUGAAGAGGGCGAGAGUCCUUUGCACCUGGCAGCUCGCCCCAAACGUGCACUCUCAUUGGCAGCUCUCCUCAGCGCCUCUCCCUCUGCGCUGGUGCUGCGGAACGCGCGCGGCGAGGAGCCGCUGCAGGCGAUGGCCACCCGCGGACGCGCACAGCUCGUGAGGCUGCUGCUAGCGCGGCGGGCGGAUCCCAAUGCUACGGAUGACAGGUCGUGGACUCCGCUCACCUCCGCCGCGGCGCGCGGCCACCGAAGCGCCGUCCUCGCGCUCCUGGCGGCGAGUUCCACGGCGAAGCGUUCGGCCGGUCCGCUGGGCGCAGCUGCGCGGGCAGGGCACAGCGAGGUGGUCAAGCUUUUGCUGGAGCACCACUUCGACCCGGAGGAGCCCUUCGAGGGCUUCCUACCACUGCAAUGGGCUGAAGCGGCUCAACACACGAACGUCUUGGAGCUCUUGACCUCAACGAGGCUCAGCAAGUUGAGCAACAGCCAAGGGAUGCCUGGCAGGCCGCCGCGGAAGCAGAAGAGACCAUACCACGAAUGGCGGCCAGCGAGGCCUCCAUCUUUGGAGUCGACCACCAGAAGGCCAUCCACUCCUGAAGACCCGGAGACCAUCCGCUUCUCACGAACGCCACGCUCUGGAGGAUGAGCCCAAAAGAAAACCACGGGCUAGGGAUGGCUAGGGC